GAAAAUGAAGAUACUAAUGAAAGCGACGUUACUGAUGCCAGUGGAAAUUCUCCUUAUCCUCUCCCAAAUGAAGACAAAGGUAAUUCAAAUCCAUCAAAUGAUUCCUCAGAUUCACAGCCAAGCCAAGCAAAGCGUUGUGCUGCAACUCCAGACAACGCCUCUGAUGAUCAUCCACAGCACCCAAAUCAAGAAGAUAUAUCGAACUUUAUAGAACCCCUGCCAAGUGUUUAUGACGAUUACGACAGUAGCGAUCACAUUCCUUUGUCCAAACUAAAGCAACAUAACAAUAAUAUCGAGUCAAAAACUGAAUUAAAUGUAGUCUGCUCCACAACACUUAAUGAGUCAUAUACAUCUUUGUGUCAAAUGUUAAAAACUCCAGAGAAAACGACAAGCCCAAAAACUGCUCCGAGGGCAAAAGCUAUCAAUAGUCUCGCACAGGCGCUAACAAAAUCAAUGUUUACAGAUAAAAAUAACAU